CAAUAGGCCAGUGUCCAGUGCCUCUCGCCGGCUCAGGAAGCCAUCCGGCUCCAGACUGCUUCUUGCUGCUGAAUUCAGGGGCAGGACAUACCACUUUGCCAGUUGCCAAUGUUCCAGCUGACAGCAAACCCAGCAAGUGCCCUGGUGGAUGAGCCUGUGCACAUCCAAGUGACGGGCCUGUCCCCGCUGCAGAUGGUGACCCUUGUGGCAUCUCUGAAGGAUGAUAAGGGGAGUCUGUACCAGUCCAGAGCCUUCUACAGGGCUAACGAGGCUGGGGAGCUGGACCUGAAGCAGGCUCCUGCACUGGGGGGCUACUUCACAGGGGUCCAUCCGAUGGGCCUCAUCUGGUCUCUGAAGUCUGAGAAGGCUUUCGAGAGGCUGAUUAAGAGGGAUGUGAUGACCACCCCCUAUCGGAUCACUCUGGAUCUAUAUGACUCAGUUUAUUUACAAAAGUCAGACAAGGUUCAGCCCAAGGCCAGCCAGGUGGUGCAGCGUUGGUUCUCCAGCCCUGAGAUGCAGCGGGUGCAGAUCCGAGAAGGUCGUGUGCGAGGAGCCCUUUUCUUCCCUCCAGGGGAAGGCCCUUUCCCCGGACUCAUUGAUUUGUUUGGGGGCAUCGGGGGUCUAGUUGAAUAUCGGGCCAGUCUUCUGGCUGCCCGUGGCUUUGCAGUGCUGGCUUUAGCAUAUUUUGCCUACGAUGACCUGCCCGAGCAGCUGCAGGAGGUGGACCUGGAAUAUUUUGAGGAAGCUGCCAACUUGCUACUAGCUCAUCCCAAGAUCCAAAAGCCAGGAAUCGGAGUGAUCUCUGUGAGCAAAGGUGCAGAGAUCGGGCUGGCCAUGGCCUGCUAUCUGAAGCAGGUGGCAGCCACUGUCUGCAUCAAUGGGUCCAAUGCCAUCUUUGACUUUCCGCUCAGGUACCGGGAUCUGGUCAUAACACCCAUCCCCUCAUUCCCGGAGCGCAUGGAGGUCGACAUCAUGGGCGCCGUGCGCCUCCGCCACUACAAGGGGGACCCCCGAGAUGAACUGAAUCAACAGAGUGUGCUUCCUGUUGAAAAGGCCCAGGGUGCCAUCCUCUUCAUUAUAGGGGAGGAUGACGAAUGCUUUAAUAGCAAAGAAUACGCUGAGCAAGCCCUGGAGCAGCUGCAGAGGCAUGGGAGAAGCAGCGGAAGGAUGCUGGCCUACCCUGGGACCGGCCACCUCAUAGAGCUGCACUACGGGCCCCUGUGCUACGCUUCCUGGAGCAGAGGCCUUUUCCGCCCCCUGCUCUGGGGAGGGGAACCUGCUGCCCAAGCGGCAGCCCAGGAGCAUGCCUGGGGAGAGAUCCAGAAGUUCUUCAGACAACACCUUGUUCGGAGCAGAAGCACACUCUAAGGGUGAUGAUGGGGCAGGGAGACAAAAAGAGUGGAUAAGGCAGGGAUGCGGGUGCGGGAGGCGGCUCUCCUGAUUUCUCUGGAUUCACAGUCAUCUUGAAUCAACUGGAAGGAAAUUGGACAAAAUCAAAGAACCAGGUGCAUCAGGAGUAUUUCUGACAAAAUUGUAUGUGUUUUGAAUUUUUGUAAAUUUAAUCUUAGUUUAUAUGCACCAGGGUACUUUGCUAUUUCAAAAUUGUGAUACACUUGCAAAUUGAAUAACCUUUUGUACCCCAGUUAGGGAAACCUUGGAUCCAAGUAUUACCAAACUAGAUGAAUUUCCUGGAACUUGGAAGUCACUUGUGAAAUCAUUUUCUGUUUAAACUAUUUUGAAUUGAAUUUGACAUGUGAUAUGAAAAGUUCUUAUGCAACCAUCAAGUGUAAUGCUUGCUGUAGAUUUCCAGUAGAUACUUUAACUCUGUUUUUAGAAUAGCAAUGCUUCUUUUUAUUCCUAAAAUAUAUUUAUGUUUAUAAUUUUAAUCAGGAGUGGGGUUAAAUGCUCAAGUGCCUUUGGAGCAUUUAGUGACAUUAAACGAGUUAUUUAAAGCGAUUUAGAAGAGCGCUGGGCACAUAGCAAUUUCUUUAUCAGAGCUGUUAUCAUUUUCAUAAUGCUUUUCUCCUUCAAUCUGUUAAUGUGGUGAAUUGCAUUCAUUAAUGGACUAAUUUUGCUUAUUCAUCUAAUUCUACUAGAUCAAUUUCUCAUAUUGACUAAUUUGGAUUUUUAAAUUUCUUUUGAAGCCAACCUAGUCAUUUAUAUUUUCUCAGAAUUUCAUCUGUAUUUUCUGAAACACAUUUUUUUCGU